AUGGGAGGAGACAGCAUCUCACCAGCCUGCUGUGGCUUUGAGCUCCUCCAGAACUGUUGGGGGAGACAGGGGCGGAGGAACCGGAGAGUAAAGCCGGAGUCUGGGAGAACUGAAGCUUUUCCACACCCACACAGAGCUCAGGCUGAAAGCACCCGACUGGGGUCCAACCUCUCCUGUUCACAGAAGAUUGACUUGGGAGUCGACUCUUUGCCCCAGCUGGAGAUACCAGUGAAGCAGGUGGUAGUAAACAAUGGAAUACUCAACUAUCAGUCCGAUGGCAUCUUACCUAACAUUGUCAAAAAAGGGGUCCAGUGUUUUCAGGCACAUUUGGAGGAGAGACAGAGGCCCUUCCCUACACGUUACAGUACCUCUGUGGAGAACCUUUCUGGAUUCAUAAACACUAAAAAGCUCAUCAGCAAGUUUGAGAAAGAGAGAACUUUUGAGGGACUCAGGCUUCCCAUGUCACCCACAGAUGCUCUGAAGCAUUUUCGGGACCAGCUCACAGAGUUUGAGCAGGAGGAGAUCAUGGAUUACUCUGAGAUCUGGUAUCUGGGUUUGGAGACAAAAAAGAUCGAGGGAACCCAAGGAUCCCCACAGAACGCCGGUUACGACGACGAGCAUGGCGGAUACAUAAAGGUCCUUCAUGAUCAUAUUGCUUACAGAUUUGAGGUUCUGGAGGUGAUUGGGAAAGGAUCCUUUGGACAAGUCCUGAAAUGCCUGGAUCAUAAAACAAAUGAACUAGUAGCCCUCAAGAUAAUUCGGAACAAGAAAAGGUUCCAUCACCAGGCACUGGUGGAGCUGAAGAUUCUUGACGCGGUACGGAGAAAAGACAGAGACAACUGUCACAACGUCAUUCACAUGAAAGAGUACUUCUACUUCCGUAACCAUCUCUGCAUCUCCUUCGAGCUGCUAGGGGCAAACCUGUAUGAGCUUAUCAAGAAGAACAACUUCCAGGGCUUUAGCCUGGCUCUCAUACGACGCUUCGCACACUCUCUGCUCAAGUGUCUCCAGAUGCUUCACAGAGAAAAAAUCAUUCACUGUGACCUCAAACCGGAGAACAUCCUCCUGUCGCAGAGGGGCCAUGGGAAUAUCAAAGUGGUUGACUUUGGCUCCAGCUGUUACGAACAGCAGAGAGUGUACACGUACAUUCAGAGCCGUUUUUACCGAUCUCCAGAGGUGAUCUUGGGUCACCCUUACAGCAUGGCCAUAGACAUGUGGAGCCUCGGCUGUAUCCUCGCAGAGCUUUACACCGGCUACCCCCUCUUCCCCGGGGAGAGCGAAGUUGAGCAGAUUGCCUGCAUUAUGGAGGUGCUGGGAAUGCCUCCCAAUGAAUUUGUUCAGACUGCAUCCAGAAGGAAGUUAUUUUUUGAUUCUAAGGGUAACCCCAGGAAUAUCACAAACAGCAAGGGGAAAAAACGGCGACCUAAUUCAAAAGAUCUCGCCACUGUACUAAAGACCAAUGAUGCUCUGUUUUUGGACUUCCUAAAGCGUUGUCUUACAUGGGAACCCAAUAAGCGCAUGACACCAGAUGAGGCCAUGCAACACGAGUGGAUCCAGGAUACCCGUUUAAACAAGCUCAGACCCAAAACCCGACCCACAAGGAAACCUACAGAGGGUACUGCAGACAACAACUAUGAGCCCAGUUACCGCAAAUCAACCAGUAACAGGACUGCGGAGAAGUUGGGCCCAGAAGGUUGCGACAAAGUGAAGAGAGAGAACACGGCCAACGGAAGCAAAAUGGUAACGGAGGAGCGUCUGCGUCCUAUUGGGGCAUCUGCUGAAGAAGAGACGUCUGAGAACAGUUCGGAGCCACAGACAGACAGCAAGCUGGAUUCAGGAGAACAGAGACCGGUGCAGAUUAUUAUAAAAGCGCAGAUGGAACCACGGGCAGAGUCAGAGGGUCUGGACCCCCCCCAGUGCCUUCCCCCUAUCGUCUAA